AUGGCGAACGAUUAUUACCGCUAUGACCCUUCCCUGCCUGCGGCGAUCAUCUUUGCCGUUUGCUUCGGACUUUCUGCAGCCGGCCAUGCAUUUCAACUUGUCAAAACCAGAACCUGGUAUUUCAUACCAUUCUUGAUUGGUUGCAUUGUUGAGGCUGUUGGAUAUGCCGGCCGAGCUAUCAACGCAACUGAGACACCGAACUGGACAAAGGGUCCCUACAUUAUUCAAGCUUUGCUACUGUUGUUGGGGCCUCCAUUCUAUGCCGCAUCGAUCUACAUGGUGUUUGGGAGACUGGUCAUCUUGCUGGAUGCUGAGAAACAUUCUCUCAUUCGGAGAAAGUGGCUCACGAAAUUCUUUCUGCUUGGAGACAUUCUGUCUAUUUUUGGCCAGGCAAUCGGUGGUGGGCAACUUGCCGGUGCAGACACCCAAAAGAAGAAGGAUCUCGGCCAAACGAUUAUCAUUGUUGGACUUGGCAUCCAAAUCUUAUUUUUCGGUUUCUUCAUGGUUGUUACGAUUCUUUUUCAUCUUCGUAUCAGCCGCGACCCCACCCCAACCAGUCUUGCGGUCAGAACCCCUUGGCGACGACUCCUCCAAGUGCUCUACGUUGCGAGCUUUCUCAUUCUGGUUCGCUCAGUCUUCCGAGUCAUUGAGUAUGUCAUGGGCGAAGAUGGGGAGCUGCAGUCCAAAGAAGUAUAUAUCUACAUUUUCGACGCACUGUUGAUGCUUGCUGUGUCAGCAGCGUUCAAUUAUUUCCACCCUUCUCGAAUUAUCAGCAACUCUGCGGCAACCCGUUUCACCAUUUCAGACCCGGAGGAUCAAGUCAACAAUUACCCCAUGACUUCAACAAGCAACUUCGACGGGUCUCGGUCAGCGGCAUCCAGCUAUCUCCCGCAGAAGUAG